CAUUUUCCUCUCAUCAUGUAUCUCAAUUCUAGUAUUCUACCCAUCAAAGUAAAAGAAACAAAAAUAACAAAAUGCGAAUUCUUGUUUUCUUCUUGUUUAUUCACUGUCUGAAUAUUAGCUUCAUCAAUGGCGGAAUAUUAUCAGAACAAGAAGCAUUAUUAGCUAUUAAAUCUGCCAUUAAAGAUGAUCCUUAUAAAAGUCUAUCAUCUUGGAAAAACACUACUCACCAUUGCAAUUGGUUGUUUGUCACUUGCUCUUCGUCUUCUUACUCUCCCACUGUCAUUUCCCUGGACAUGACCAACUUACAUCUCAAUGGUACUCUUUCUCCUCAAAUCGGUUUUCUUACAAACCUGCAAAAGCUAUCUCUCCAAGAUAACAAUUUUUAUGGGUAUGUCCCGUCUUCUCUUUCUCUCCUUACAAAACUCCAAUAUCUCGACAUAGAAUUAAACCAAUUUAGUGGCCCACUCCCUUUAUUUGUUAAUAUGUCGGAGCUUCGGUGCCUUUCCCUUAGUUGGAACUACUUUUCUGGUGAGAUACCAAAUUCUUUUUCUUUUCUUACAAAUUUGAUUCAUUUGGAUUUAUCAAAUAAUCAAUUACAUGGUGAGAUACCAAAUUCUUUUUCUCUUCUUAUAAACAUGACGUUCUUAAUUCUUUGUCAAAACAACUUACAAGGUUUCAUACCAGAGUUUAUUGGAGAUUUAUCUAAGUUAGAAGAACUUCAAUUUUCGAGAAAUAACUUUACAGGGAGUAUUCCACAAAAGUUGGGGACGAAUGGGAUAUUGAGUUACCUAGAUGUUUCUUCAAAUAAGCUUAGUGGUCCAAUCCCUGAGAGUUUAGGGAGUUGUAAGUCACUUUUUGUUCUAGAUUUGUCACAUAAUCAACUCACGGGUCAGUUACCUGUCAACAUUGGAAAGCUUACGAGUCUUAAUUAUUUGUUGGUUGCCAACAAUAACUUGAUUGGAAAAAUCACACCACAGAUUACAGGAUACAAUGUCACGAAUUUUAAAAACUCUUCUAUCUGCAACUUGGUUAAUCUUCAAAUCCUUGAUUUAUCUUAUAACAAGUUUAAUGGAGAAGUUCCUCAUUGCUUGGGCAAUACUAGUACUCAAUUAGCUGUAUUGAAUCUUCAAUCAAAUAAUUUCAAGGGCAUCAUUCCAUCAGCAUUUUCUACUUGUGAUUCAUUGGAAUAUGUAGAUUUCACUGACAAUCAGUUAGAAGGAGCUAUACCAAGGACUUUGUCAAAAUGUAGAAACUUGAAAGUCCUAAAUUUGAGGAACAACAAAUUAAAAGAUGUAUUCCCCUAUUGGUUAGGUAGCCUUCCGUAUCUAGAGGUUCUCAGCCUACCCUUUAAUAAAUUUCAUGGUGAUAUAACUAACAAUGUAUCAAAGAUUGCAACAUCUCCUUUUUCAAGUCUACAAAUUCUCGACCUUUCAAACAAUAAUUUCUGUGGUAAGUUGCCAUUCAUGUACAUCGAACAAUUUCGCUCCAUGAUGGAUAUCAACAUGUCUACUAUAGGAAGUCCAAGGUACUUAGAAAAUGGAUUUGGUGUUUAUUAUACGUAUACGUACUCCAUCAAGAUUAUAGUAAAGGGGGUGGAAUUGGAUUAUAAGAAGAUAAUUACUUCUAUGUCAACAUUUGAUAUGUCUAAUAAUCACUUUAAAGGAGAGAUUCCAAAUUCUAUAGGGAUGUUGCGAGCACUUCGAAAUCUUAAUCUCUCGCAUAACUUACUUACCGGAAACAUCCCUCCAUCCAUCGGGAACUUAUCAUUGUUGGAUGGUUUAGACCUAUCAUCAAAUAGGCUUAUCGGUGAAAUCCCUCAAGAACUUGUUAGUUUAACAUUUCUCGAGGUUUUUAAUGUUUCAUAUAAUCAACUGGAAGGGCCUAUACCCCAUGGUAACAAUUUUGAUACCUUCUCAUCUGAUUCGUACAAGGGAAAUCUUGAGUUGUGUGGAGCAACAUUACUUGAAUGCAAAAACAAUAUUGUUGUGCAAUCUUUGAACAAUGAUAAUGUGGAAGAAAAAACAGAAUUAUCGAUGUGGGAAGUUGUAGUGAUUGGAUUUGGAAGUGGAACAAUAGUUGGUUUGGCUUGGGGGUACUACAUAUUGUUAGUGGGGAAGCCGAUUUGGCUUUUUGAAUUGUUGAGCAAGAUGGAACGGGCUUUACUUGAUUUUCAUGACCACCAUUUCAGUAGAAGAAGUAGAACAAGAAUAACAAAGAACUAAAAGUGAUCAUCUAUCUGAGAAACAUUUCAUUUGUACUAAGAAGUAGAGUAUGAUGGAAUGGGCCUUUUUGGGCUUUACUUGAA